UAACAUAGAUGCUGACCUACCUCCCAUUUUCUUUUAGUGACUGCCAGGAGGACCAGAUCUUACAUCUCAGAAGCUGAGGAUUAUCUAAAACUCCAAAAAGGCCAACACGUUUCACCCUUUCUCCUCUGAGACUGGACUGCCUCCCACUACUGCUCACACUUCUUUUGGACAGAAAGGAGAAGGGAGGAGGGCGGCUUGUCCAACAUGAACGUCACCUCGCUCUUCUCCUUCACCAGCCCAGCGGUCAAACGGCUGCUGGGUUGGAAGCAGGGAGACGAGGAAGAGAAAUGGGCGGAAAAGGCAGUGGAUGCACUGGUUAAGAAACUGAAAAAGAAGAAGGGGGCCAUGGAGGAGCUGGAGAGGGCUCUUAGCUGCCCAGGUCAACCCAGUAACUGUGUGACAAUCCCCCGCUCCCUGGAUGGACGGCUGCAGGUGUCCCAUAGAAAGGGCCUGCCGCAUGUCAUUUAUUGUCGGGUGUGGCGUUGGCCCGACCUGCAGUCCCACCAUGAGCUGAAGGCCUUGGAGUGCUGCGAGUACCCCUUCGGCUCCAAACAGAAGGAUGUGUGUAUCAACCCCUACCACUACAAGCGAGUGGACAGUCCAG